GUUGACGUGCGGAAUUACCAAGCAAAGGUAACACAAAUACAAAACUGUCGGGGUUAUCGGAUCCAUCUCAUAUCAUCGUUAUGAAGAUGACUAGCCGUCUCCUUGCUAGCUAACGCUAGCUCCAACUUCAGUGUGGUUAAACGUUAGCGAGAAUGCUAACUAGAGAAAGCAUAGCUAGCGCUCAGCAGCGAUUUCGCUAUUUUUACGCCGAGAAUCGAAUUAUAAUCACCAUAACAGCGUCGUAGUUUUAUUUCGUACCUCAAAGACGACUCUGUUAUUUCCACUAAUCCAGUGUGCGCUUGUGUUGCUUAUCAUCAGAUUCCAAACGACUUCCGGCUAGCGUAUUUAGCACUUGCUAGGAGUUGCCGGGCUACAAGGAAGUGACGCAACGCCGACACCGGACGUAAUGCUUCGAGGAAAAUGGCGAACGUAGUUGAGGCGAAGACUCAGUCGGACUUUGAGGGUUUACUCGCCAAAGCCGGCAAACGGCUAACGGUGGUUCACUUCCAGGCGGAAUGGGCACCUCAGUGCGGACAAAUGAACGAGGUGAUGGCCGAGCUGGCCAAGGAACACGCUCACACCGCCUUCGUCAAAGUGGAGGCGGAAGCGGUGCCGGAGGUGUCGGAGAAGUACGAGAUCGCAUCGGUGCCUACUUUCCUUUUCUUCAAAGGAACGGAAAAGGUGGACCGGCUGGACGGUGCUCACGCUCCGGAGCUGACUAAGAAAGUGAAGCGCUUGGCGGUAAGCGGGAGCUCGGCGGGUGAGCAGGAAAGCGGCCCCGAGGAACUAAACCAGCGGCUGGGGAAAUUGAUCAACGCGGCACCGUGCAUGCUCUUCAUGAAGGGCUCCGCGCAGGAGCCUCGCUGCGGCUUCAGCCGGCAGAUCGUCGCCCUCCUCAAGGAGCGCGACAUCCAGUUCAGCAGCUUCGAUAUCCUGUCCGAUGACGCGGUCCGACAGGGUCUGAAGGCCUACUCCAACUGGCCCACCUACCCUCAGCUGUACGUCAACGGCGAGCUGAUAGGCGGACUGGACAUCGUCAAGGAGCUGGCCGAGUCCGGCGAGCUGGAGAACACCUGCCCGAAGGCGGUCACACUGGAGCACCGCCUCAAAACGGUGAUCAACCAGAGCCCCGUCAUGCUGUUCAUGAAGGGCAGUAAGGAGGCGGCGCGGUGCGGCUUUAGUCGGCAGAUCCUGGAGAUCCUCAACGGUACCGGUGUGGAUUACGACACGUUUGACAUCCUGCAGGACGAGGAAGUGCGACAGGGCCUAAAGACCUACUCCAACUGGCCCACCUACCCGCAGCUUUACGUGAAGGGGGAGCUGAUCGGGGGUUUGGACAUUGUCAAGGAGCUGAAGGAGAGCGGGGAUCUGGGUUCGGUGCUCAAGGGGGACUCUUAGGUCUUAUCUUGGGGCCACAUGAGAGGCCUGCGUGUCCACGUGGUGUAAAACGUCAAUAGCAUAACAAUCAUAUUAAAAACACAUGGAUUGUUUCAACUA